CCGUCCGUCCUUUUCAGCCCUGGAGCGCUCGCGUCACUCAGCAGCCGCCGCGAUGCCGAGACGGAGUCGCCGCGCCGUGGCCCUCGGGCGUCCGCCGCACGUCCGCUUUUUGUCCUCGGGCGAGCGAAUGUCCCCGGGCAAGCCGCACCAACGCAACGCGGCCAACGCACGCGAACGCGCCCGCAUGCGCGUCCUGUCCAAGGCCUUCUGCCGCCUCAAGACCACCCUGCCGUGGGUGCCGCCGGACACCAAACUGUCCAAGCUGGACACGCUCAGACUCGCCACUUCCUACAUCGCGCACCUCAGGAAUCUGGUCGGCACCGGCGAAGACCCCGAUGGAGCCGCCGCAGAAGUUGCAGACCCUCCUCACCCCACCACACUGACGUGGCCGUACUCAUUCCCGCGGGCAGUGUCCAACGCCCUCAAGAACCACGUCGACCAGCAUUCGUCCUUUCAAGAAGAGGAGGACGAAGACGAGGAAUGGUCGCAGUGCAGCAGCCAGGAAAGCUGCAACCCUCACCCGACCAGUUCCGAAUCCUUCCUCUCUCACUUCACCGACGUGCUUAUGGACAUUAGCUAAUUAAAAUCAAAAUGAUAUAUUUAUUGUAAAAUAAGUAGAUUUAUUUCUAUAAUUAAUCAGAUGUUAUUUUAAAACAUAAUCAAAAAUUAAUUAUUCAUGAAAAUAAAAAUUUAAAA